ACUCAUGCCGUUGAUCUAUUUAAGUUCGGUUUAUUCCUUCAGAAUGGCAGUCGCUUAGCAAGAUGCAACCUAUCCUCGUUUUUAUUCUGGUCAUGUUAACUGUGCAAAUCGAGAGUAAAUGCAAUAGUUUCGUCACACUACAAUUAGAUCCUCACUGUGGAAUAUUUUCUGAUUGUGUCAUGAAUGGUGCCAAUCCAGGUGUCCUGAGAGUUAAAUCUUGUAAGCGCAUAGAAAAAGGAAAAUCAGGACUCAUCCGAAUGAAAUCGGGAAAAUGUGACCCUAAUGCACCCCGUUGCACCGAUGAAUAGUAUCAUAAUUUCAUUUUUCAUUUAAUACCAUGACGUACACCAGUAAAUAUAUAUAUAUUUUAACUUU